AUGGACCCGGAGCAACUCCUACGAGAGUUCCCGCCCAAGCCGAAGGACGAGGCGUACCUCCGCGCGCUCGCGGAGGCGUCGGGAGGACGCGCCCUCACCGACGAGGAGCGCGCGACGAACGAGAAGAACGCGGACGCGCUGUUCGAGACGUACAAGGUGGCGGAGGUUCGAGAGAUCGAGAAAAAGACGCGUUUGGAGGCGGCGGAGAAGGCGAGAGAGCUGAAGAAGCUGAGGGGCGGGAGCUACCUCGACGCGAUCGCGACCGCGGACGCGAUCGAGGCGAUCGAGCGACACGCGCGAAGCGCGGUGGAAAAACUGGGCGAGCUCAAUAAGAUGCUCCAGGAUCUCCCCGACCCCGCGGUGACGACGCGGGGGGAUUCCUCGAGCGAGCCGGCGUUUAAGGUGGACGAGAUCACCGGCGAGAUUUUCGUCGAGGGCGAGGAGGAUCUCGAGUACGCGACCGGGAGCAGGGUGAAGUUCCUGGUGGACACCCCGGAGAAGAUCUGGGGAUCGCUCGAGGAGGGCGACCUCCUCGGCGCCGCGGAGCGAUUCCUCGCCGCCUCCGACGUGUACUCCGCGCUCGAGCGAGGCGAGGGAGACGACGGCGUCAUGUCGUGGGCGGACGUCCUCAAGAUGUUCCCGCUCGUGAAGCAGCAAGGUCCGCUGCUCGAUUCGUUCCGCGCGCAGAUCGCUCGACGCGCGCGAGAGGAGUUGCGCGCGAAAUCCGCCCUUGACGCGUCUCGGGCGUCCUCCGCCGUCGCCGCGUGCGUCCUCGUCGAAGACCUGUCCGCCGCAGAGGCGCUCGCGCUGGCGAUGCAGUCGCGCCGCGCGCACGCGCGGGCGAUCCUGCGACGCGGCGCGGAGGGGAAGACGCGCGGGAAGGCGGCGAACGCGCUCGCGAGGACGCUCCUCGACGCUCGGCGAACGACGCUCCUCGCGUCGCGGUGCUUCCUCCCGCGCGUCGGGGACGGGGACGGGGACGGGGACGGGGACGGGGACUUCUCGGUCUCGGUCCCGCGCGCGUUCCGGGACAUCGUGGGGACGUCGUCGGGGUCCGAGGAGGGGACGCGGAGGGAGAUGGACACGUCGUUCGCCGGCGUCGCGGUCCCGAAGCGCGAGGCGGAGCGACGGAGAGCGCGCGUGGAGGCGCGGGCGACGGCGUUGGCGACGCGCGCGCCGUCGCGGAGAGACGUCGCCGCCGCGUGCGAGGCGUACCUGACCGGCGUCGCGGAGGACGUCGCGCGCGCGGUGGAGAGCAGAGGGCUGCUGAAUUCGGUGCGGAGCCUCGGCGAGCUCGCGGCGUUCGAGAAGGACGUGACGCGGAGGAUGGAGCGCGGCGGCGGCGGCGGCGGCGGAAAACCCGGCGCGUCGGACGAGGACCUCGCCGUCUCGGACCUCCUCGGGACCGCGCUCGACGCUUGGGGCGCCCUCGCGGAGAAACCGUUCGUGCAGCGCGCGAGGGCGUUGCUGAGGGACGCGCUGAGCCACGCGCCGACGCGAGCGGCGAUCGACGCCGCGCUGAAGGCGACGACGACGACGGCGGCGGCGGCGGCCGCCGCACGGCCCGCGGCGUUGUGGGGGAAAGGCGCCGUCGCGACGACCGACGACGCCUCGCCCGACGCGCCGUGCACGCCCGGGCGCGAGACCGCGUCGUCGAGCGUCUCUUCCUCCUCGUCCAUCAGCGCGAUCGUCGCGCGAGGGAUCGCGUUGGAAGUCGCGACGACGCUCGCGGAGACGCGACGGGAGGCGUCGGCGCUGACGGCGGGGGGCUCUUCGAGCGCGUCGAGCCGCGAGGAUCGAGCGGCCGCGGUGGAGGAAUACGCGCAUCACGAAGCGCACGCGGGGAUGGCGUCGCUCGCGUCGUUUCUGCGAUCGAAAAUCGCGGAGGAGAAGGAGGACGCGACGGCGACGGCGACGGAACGCGCGCUUCUGAUUGGUCAGACGGCGCACGCGAUCGCGACGGACGCGGCGCCGGAGCUCGCGACGAUGCUCGCGCCGC